AUGACUGCAAAUGGCACAACACCUACAGAGGGGUCUGGACCUAGGAAACUUAAGAUUUUAAUGAUACAUGGCUACACACAAUCCGGCCCAACCUUCAAUUCCAAAACCAAAGCCCUAACCAAACUCCUCAACCGACAAUUCCCCCCCUCUCACCCCAUCUACCCAGGCGGCAUCCAACUCCUCUACCCCACGGGACCAAUCCCCCUCCUACCAGCCGACAUACCAGGCUAUACGCCGACAUCCGAUCCCUCCCUCGCACCAACCGACGCAUACGGAUGGUGGAAGCGGGAGACGGGCGGAGCGCGAUACGCCGGCAUUGAAAAAGGGCUCGAAGUAAUCGCGAGCACGAUCCAAGAAGCGGGAGGAAUUGACGGCGUGAUCGGAUUUUCCCAAGGCGCAUGCGCCGCGUAUUUCGUAGCGAGUUUAUUGGAGAUGAAUCGCGAGAGUGCUUUUGCUCUUCAGUGUGUCAAGAACCCCUCUGAGGCUCUUCCUUAUCCUGCCUGCUUCACAACCCUGAAACAACAACUUCGUCAACCCCCGCUGAAGUUUUGUAUUUUGUAUUCUGGAUUCUAUGCGCCGUAUGAAGGAUACGAGGCAUUUUAUAAUCCACCUCUGAAAACGCGGGUUUUGCAUGUUAUUGGGAGUUUGGAUACUGUGGUAGAAGAACAUAGGAGUAUGGCUUUGGUGGAGGCGAGUGAGGAGGGGAGUAGGGAAGUGUGUUUUCAUCCGGGAGGACAUUUUGUGCCAAUGGGAAAGGAGUUUGGGAAUGUAGCUGUUGGGUUUAUGGUAAAAUGUUUGGAUGAAAAGAAGCCGGUGGUCGAGGAGAGCGUCGAGGAUAUGGAUGUGCCAUUUUGA